AGCGCAUGCUCUGGGGCAGUUCGCGGCCCGGCGGGGAGCGCUGGAGUUCCUUGUGGCCGACGUGCACCGAGGAAGAUGUCACCCAAGCGCAUAGCUAAAAGAAGGUCCCCCCCAGCAGAUGCCAUCCCCAAAAGCAAGAAGGUGAAGGACGCGAGGGCCGCUGCCUCCCGCCGCGUUCCUGGCGCCCGCUCCUGCCAAGUCUCACACAGGUCCCACAGCACAGAACCUGGCUUGGUGCUGACACUAGGCCAGGGCGAUGUGGGCCAGCUGGGGCUGGGUGAGAACGUGAUGGAGAGGAAGAAGCCGGCCCUGGUAUCCAUUCCAGAGGAUGUUGUGCAGGCUGAGGCUGGGGGCAUGCACACCGUGUGUCUAAGCGAAAGUGGCCAGGUCUAUUCCUUCGGCUGCAAUGAUGAGGGUGCCCUGGGAAGGGACACAUCAGUGGAGGGCUCGGAGAUGAUCCCUGGGAAAGUGGAGCUGCAAGAGAAGGUGGUACAGGUGUCAGCAGGAGACAGUCACACAGCAGCCCUCACCGAGGAUGGCCGUGUCUUCCUCUGGGGCUCCUUCCGGGACAAUAACGGUGUGAUUGGGCUGUUGGAGCCCAUGAAGAAGAGCAUGGUGCCAGUGCAGGUGCAGCUGGACGUGCCUGUGGUAAAGGUGGCCUCAGGAAACGACCACUUGGUGAUGCUGACAGCUGAUGGUGACCUCUACACCUUGGGCUGUGGGGAACAGGGCCAGCUAGGCCGUGUGCCUGAGUUAUUUGCCAACCGUGGUGGCCGGCAAGGUCUUGAACGACUCCUGGUCCCCAAGUGUGUGAUGCUGAAAUCCAGGGGAAGCCGGGGCCAUGUGAGAUUCCAGGAUGCCUUUUGUGGUGCCUAUUUCACCUUUGCCAUCUCCCACGAGGGCCACGUGUACGGCUUUGGCCUCUCCAACUACCAUCAGCUUGGAACUCCGGGCACAGAAUCUUGCUUCAUACCCCAGAACCUAACAUCCUUCAAGAAUUCCACCAAGUCCUGGGUGGGCUUCUCUGGUGGCCAGCACCAUACAGUCUGCAUGGAUUCAGAAGGAAAAGCGUACAGCCUGGGCCGGGCUGAGUAUGGGCGGCUGGGCCUUGGGGAGGGUGCUGAGGAGAAGAGCAUACCCACCCUCAUCUCCAGGCUGCCUGCUGUCUCCUCAGUGGCUUGUGGGGCCUCUGUGGGGUAUGCUGUGACCAAGGAUGGUCGUGUUUUCGCCUGGGGCAUGGGCACCAACUACCAGCUGGGCACAGGGCAGGAUGAGGACGCCUGGAGCCCUGUGGAGAUGACGGGCAAACAGCUGGAGAACCGUGUGGUCUUAUCUGUGUCCAGCGGGGGCCAGCAUACAGUCUUAUUAGUCAAGGACAAGGAACAGAGCUGAUGAAGCCUCUGAGGGCCUGGCUUCUGUCCCACUCCACCUCCCUCACAGAACAGGGAAGCAGUGACAGCUGCAGAUGGCAGCGGGCCUCUCCCCAGCCCUGAGCACUGUGUCAGCUCCUGCCUUUUCCCAUCAGCAGAACAGAAUCCUUUUCCUAUUUUUCUUCCUCCUCUUUGGAAUUCUCCUGGGACCUACAGAAUAAAGGAGGGGAUGGACAGGGGAUUUUCAGAAGGAACAUGGCUCGCUCCAGAGCUAUAUGGUUAGACGUUUCUCCCUUUUUCCCUACCUUCCAUGGUCCUGGUUGGCCCGGGCUUUACCUACUAGAAAACCAAAACCUCCCCCUGGGGUUUGGUGCCCACUCUCUGAGAAGUUGGGGCUCCAUCAAGCCCCAUUCUAGUCAUGUGCCCCUUUCCUGUCCCUAACAGUCUACAGGCAAACAAAUGGUACAGUCAUAAGAUCCGUCUGUCAUGGACCCACGCCCAGAGGAACGUGCAGAGAAAGCAGAGCUGCAUGGCUGUAGGCAACUCUAAGCCAAAUAUUUGGCUCAGAACAGGUGUCCAUGGGACAAAAAGGAAUGAUCCUCCACUUGACCAAGAGAAAAAUGAUUCUCCCAGAAGCACAAAGCGUACUCUUGCCCCUCAGGCAUUGUCUUUGUACAUCGCACCCAUCCAUUCGUCUUUACCUGCAGCCAAGGGCCUGGAAUCGCAAAGAGAAGCCACGCUGGGCUGGGCAGAGCAGAGCAGGGUAUGGGGUGGGGAGAGAGGGUGGAGGGUUUUAUAAACAAACUUAACAGCAAUAUUAAAAGGGGAGGGAUUGAGGGAGGGACAGAGUGUUGGAGGGCCAGAGACUAGUCCUGAGACGGAAACAGCAACUUGUACAGUGGCUGACAAAAUAGGAUAUAGUUUUGAUUUUUUUAAAUUGUAAAAUAUUUUGGAGGGAGAACAAAAUCUUUUAACAUUUUGAAUAAAUUUAGAGUUUUAUAAAAUAGGCCAUUUGUUUUCUACACACUCCCUGCUUUUUAAGGGAGCAUAUACUAUGUGCCAGGCACUGCUGGGAAAGACAGAAUGAACUAUAAACCUGGUGUUGAGGCUACAA